AUGAGCCACAACUUUGCUGUAAAACUGCCUGUGGGGACUCCGGUGAUCGACCAGUUCCUUGGCAUCAAGCCCCAUCCCACCAAGUGUCAGGCGACGUACGUUUGGAUCGACGGAACCGGCGAGUGCCUCAGAAGCAAGACCAGAACUCUGCCAUCCGUCCCCAAGGUUGCUACAGGUAAGGUUUCAAACAGUUUGUCGCAUGUUGUACUCUUUACAAUUUAACAUCAUACAUAACUUUAUAGAUAACUCACUAUACAAAUGGUGAGCUUAUUGUCGCUAAAGUAACAUAAACUUGCAGACUACCCCAUCUGGAACUACGAUGGAUCCUCGUGUGGUCAGGCCAAAGGUCGUGACUCUGACACUUACCUCUACCCGGUUGCCCACUACCCUGACCCGUUCUUGGGAGGUAAUGCUCGUCUAGUACUGUGUGACACCUAUAACCACAAAAAGGAACCGACCGGUAAGAAAAAGCUGUUUGAUAUCGCAUUUAAAAAAUAGAGUCUGAACGGUGCAAUCUUUUUAAAAAUUUGGUCAUUUUCUUGCCCGUUGCACAGUGCAGAUUCUUUAUUUUUUCGUAAACUUCUCUUUGCACCGUGCAGUUUUUAAAGCAGACUGUGCAACCUUUCCGCCGGCUGCACAGUGCAGGUUUCAAGCAACUAAACGAAUGCACAGUGCAAUCUCCGCACUGUGCAGUUUGUCGCAGAAGUCAUCUGCGACAACCUUACAAAAGGUGCAAUUGCGAUGGCUCGCUACAUUAUGCGAUGGUAACAAUCUAACGCACUGUGCAAGCUUCACGAGCUUUGCACCGUGCGUUUUGUCGCGAAAGCCGCUUUUGUGACAUUCAGAAUCGUUUUGUCGAAAACAGGUUAUUGCUCAGUGUUGAAGCGUUGGUCCAGCGGCAACCGCGACAACAAACUGCAUUGCGAUUCAAAUGGCAGUUUCAAUUUGUCGCAGAAAUUUGAACUUUGAAAGUGUGCGACAAACAGCGACAAACGUUUUCACACAGCGACAACUCAAGAUGAAUUGCACUGUCGCAGGACGUUUGGGCCUGCGACAAGCCGUCGCUUAUCUUUUUUGGUGCACGAUGCGACAUUUCUGUCGCAAUGCUUGCAGCGACAAAGCAUUGUCGCAUGUGGAAUGAGCGGUGCGACAAACGGCACAAGGUGGGAACUGCACUGUGCAGUCAGUUUAUGGCUGAAGGGGGCAUCUGCACGGUGCAAUUGGUUAAAAGGGUCUGCACAGUGCCAUCUCUUUUUCCAGGGACUGCACAGUGCAGAAAUUUUAUUUUUCUUGACAAAACUGGUAGAAAAACAUGCAAAAUGUUGCUUAAUUUUACAGCUACCAAUCAUCGCUACAAUUGUCGCAAAAUCAUGGAGCAAUGUGCCGACCAGAAGCCCUGGUUUGGAAUCGAACAAGAGUACCUAAUGCUCGACAGAGACGGAUACCCACUGGGAUGGCCAAAGGUAACAAUUUUAAACGUUUUACACUUAAGUUUUCCGAAAGUUACAGUAGUUUUGGUACAGUAUAUAUGGUUACUCAGUGGUUUAUUCUGUUUUCAGCACGGGUUCCCGGCUCCACAAGGGCCUUACUAUUGUGCCGUUGGUGCUGACCGCAUCUUUGGUCGCGAGAUUGUGGAGACCCACUACCGUGCCUGUCUGAAUGCCAACCUCACCAUCUGUGGAACCAACGCUGAAGUCACUCCAGGACAGUGGGAGUAUCAGAUUGGACCAGUCGAAGGCAUCGCCAUGGCCGAUGAGAUGUGGAUGUCGCGCUACCUUCUACACAGAACGGCCGAGCAGUUUGGCGUCGUGAUCACGUUCGACCCGAAGCCCAACGUGACGAUGAGCGGCGAGUGGAACGGAGCCGGCUGUCACACCAACUUCAGCACCGAAGCCAUGCGACGGCCAGGCGGACUGGAGGAGAUCAAGGCCGCCAUGGCCAAGCUGGAGCCAUUCCACGCCGAACACCUCAAGCUGUACGACCCCAACGGUGGAGAAGACAACCUGAAGCGUCUGAGUGGGCGGUGCGAGACUUCCAGCGUCGACAAGUUCACAUGGGGCGUCGCCAAUAGAGGCUGCAGCGUCAGAAUCCCGAGACAAGUCGCCGAGGAUGGAUUCGUAAGCUUGUUUUUGUUAUGCUACCAUACCGGGUACAAAAGGUUAAUGUUAUUGUAACAAUGAUAAAUAUAUGUACAGUAUGUUUACAGUAAUAACUUUGGUUUUAGGGUUACCUGGAAGACCGUCGCCCCUCAUCCAACGUCGACCCCUACUGUGUUACCAUGGCCAUCGCUUCAGCCAUUUGUUUGUCGUGA